AAUAUUUGAAAGUAGUGUAUGAUGAAGAUCGAGAUGAAUUCAUGGAAAUUCAUGUUGAAAUAGAAGAUCCUUCUACAAUUUUUGAACCAACGUUUGAAGACGUCAUGACGUUAUGGAUUGCGGUUAUCAUUUGGGGUACCCAACUUAUAUUAGGCCGUCUUUUAUACAAGAAAGUUGGUUUUAAGAUUACUG